UAUAGUGUACAUUUAUUUAAGUUUAUAUUGUCCAACAGAAGUACAGCAUGAUACUAGUUUUCCUACGAAAGCUUUACAUUUUCGGAAUCUUUUUCACAGCCACAAAGUGCGUCUGAUAAGAUGUUUCUCAGUUCAAAGAUCAUAUAAUUUGCAUUUCUGGUCUUUCAUGUGAAUAAAGUUUUACAAAAUUUCGCGAUACUGAAUUUUGAAUUUUCAUAGAUUUUCAGUAUAUCGUUAGGCAACUAGGCACUUUAUGUUUAAAUGGAGACGCACGAUAAACAAUACCAUUCUUUUUGUGUGACUGCAAAGGCAAUCUUUUAUCAUAUUUUUGUACAUGUUGGUUUCCCUUCUUAAUUAACACGCGAAACGGAAAAAAAAUCUGCCCCCCUUUUCCUGUCUAACUAAGAGGAAAUUGCAUGGCAGCAUAAAGAAAACCACAGGUCGGUGGCGCUUAAUAGAAUAGUCGUCGAGACAGACUAAUACUUAAAUAAGGUGUAAAGUUAAAACUUUAUGUUUAAAUAUACAUUUUUUUUAUGUACAGCUGAUUUUGAUCAAGACGCCGUAGCAAGGCACAGAGAGGAUUAGGAAGUCUUAAGCAGGUGGCACCGCGCAACCUCCUUCAGUUUUCAGUCAAGCAGAUGCUAUCGCUCUUCAUAAAGUUAUCUUUUUGUUCCCGUUUUCUUUUUAUAUUGUGUGCAUAAUACGCAUGUACAUUGCUCAUAGAAAAGAGCACGAAAACGAAAUCGUCAUUAUGUUUUAUGUAUACGCUACUGUCUGACGCGGUGUACACUUCGAGUUUGAAUUUUUAUCUCAUCUGUUCCUCCAAAAGCGCGAUUUUUUUUUAAAAAAAGACGAGUUUUAAACUCCGUGAUGUUUCUCAGGAAAGUUUUCAUCGCUCUGUCCGGUGCCACUUUGGCUUGCUUCUUAGUUGUGAUGCAGAUUAAAACCCGCAUAGAGAUGCGAGGCGAUACAUCCGCUGCUUGGGUAGCUGCCCAGCCUGCUGGCACAGGGGAAGAGGCGAAACAAAGCAGCGCAGAGUCCCGGAACCCUGGCGCGGCGACUACAAGAGCCGAGAGCGCUCGCGGGGAGCCAAUUCCGACCCUCAAGGCUGCAGACAUCUUCAUCGCUGUGAAAACCACUGGCAGGUUCCACUCCUCUCGUCUUGCGCUACUGCUGGACACUUGGAUUUCCAAGACUCGUGAUCACACUUAUAUCUUCACUGACAUGAAUGAUGAAGAGUUAUCAAAAGGACACCAUCUAGUGGUAACAAAUUGCUCCUCCGAGCACAGCCGAGAAGCUCUCUCUUGUAAGAUGGCGGCCGAGUACGAUGCCUUUAUUGCUUCUCAAAAACUGUGGUUCUGCCAUGUAGAUGACGACAACUACAUGAACCCGCACACUCUUGUCACACUCCUGUCGACGUUUUCGCCCAGCAGUGAUGUGUAUAUCGGCAAACCCAGCUUGAACAAGCCGAUUGAAGCAGUAGAGUCGCUGCCAAACAAUCGCUCUAGAUCAGUAUUCUUCUGGUUUGCCACAGGAGGUGCAGGUUUCUGUCUCAGUAGGAAGCUGGCAGAGAAGAUGGCACCCUGGGCCAGUGGUCCAAGGUUUGGCCUCACGUCUGAGAUGAUCCGCUUGCCUGAUGACUGCACAGUGGGCUACAUUGUGGAGUGCCAGCUGCAGGUGCCUCUUGUCCACAGUGAGCUGUUUCACUCCCAUCUGGAAAGUCUACAGAUCCUUAAACGUGAAGAUUUCCACAAACAGGUCACAUUGAGCUAUGGGAUGUUUGAAAAUAAACUAAACAGCGUGGAACUGAAGGGCUAUUUUUCCAAGGAGCAGGACCCCUCUAGGUUUAAAAGCAUCCACUGCCUGCUGUAUCCCGAUACCCCGUGGUGCCCUGAACGGUUUCCUGUAUGAUCUGCCAAAGGACUUACAGUACAUAAAUGCACUCCAAAACAAGCACUUUAUCUCAUAAACUAUGCAAGAAGUUUCCCAGUCAAAAUGGAUCAUGGACAGUUUCUUGGACUUGGAGAAAUGUCAGUGUUAAAUGGAUCUACCAGAAUCCGCAUUUUAUUUGAUUGAAGCUCCCCAGAACUUCUUGGCUAUACUUCCUAUGCUGCUAAGUUUCUUUUGCAGGAAGCUACAUUGAUCACUGUAUCCAUCCAUCCAUUAUCCAACCCGAUCACUGUAUCCAAUCCUCCAUUAUCCAACCCGCUAUAUCCUAACUACAGGGUCACGGGGGUCUGCCGGAGCCAAUGAUCAAUCACUGUAUUUCAAUCUCAAUUACCUGAACCCAUUUCCACAAGAUUUUACUUUGCACUUGGUGAAAAAUGUCUAUGUGGUCACCCUUUCAAUGUACAGUAUGAAUGUUUUUCAAGGACCCUGUAUAUUAAAGUUGGUGAAGGCAAUUUGCUUCCCAUAUCCUCAUGUGCCCACUGAAAUUUAAUUUUGUUGGACUGUUUUCAAGUUAAGAAAAAAUAAAUAAUGCACGGGUGUAAAUAUGAAUCCAGUUUGGUUACAUGAUCUCUAGAUAAUUGAAUAAAAUUCAUAAUUUUUUGAA